AUGACCGUUACCAUCCAGUGCCUCAAUGUAGUUCCUUUCGCAUGGCAGGCUCAGAAGGACGUUGUGGCACACUCACUCGAGAACGAUUGGGACGUUCAAGCCAGUGGAAGUACUGCGGUUGCAGCUCUUUUCAAGGGAAACAAAGUGUGGACCGCCAACGCCGGUGACUCUCGCUGCGCCAUCGGUACCGAAGCUGACAAGAAGGUGGUCUUUGAGACGGAGGACCACAAGCCCCAGAGCGACAAGGAGAAGGCCCAAAUCGAGGCCUCCGGUGGCGAGGUGCGCUCUCAGACGUAUCCAGAUGGAUGGGUGAACCACCGCAUCUUCAUCAAGGGCAAGGACUACCCGGGCUUGUGCAUGGCCCGCACGCUCGGGGACCAGUCGGUGAAGGACUACGGUGUCAUCGCGACUCCCGAGGUUCUGCUUACGACCGUGGACCUCUCGAAGAAGGCGUUUUUCAUCAUCGCCAGCGACGGUGUGUGGGAGUUCUUGGAUUCGCAGUUCGUCGUCAAGGCCGUUGCCAAGAAGAUCCAAUCGGAUGGACCUGCAAAGACCCUCGAGAAGCUGCAGCGCGAGGCCAAGAAGCGCUGGAAGGCCGAAGAGGGCUCCUGGGCAGCAGCUUUUUUUGUUUUGUAUAUACGUAUAUAUAUAUACAUAUAUAUAUAUGUACAUAUAUAUAUACACUCUAGGGUUUAUUGGAUUUAG